AUGGUGAGCAAGGAGGGAGCCAAAUGCAUGCUCACCAACUCUGAGUCGGACUCGGAGGCAGCUCCGGCGCCCUCCGUGUCCAUGGCUCUAGAGAAGUAUUCCUUGGAAGCCAGUCGACAGGUACGGAAGAGGAACAAAGCGCUGCAAGUUCGUUUCAAGGAUAUUUGUGAAGCGCAGAACGAGCAGAGGGAGGCAGAGCUGCAGGCAGCAAGGAAAGCAGGAAAACCCAUCUCCUAUAAAGCAGCGUACCGCAAGUACAUGACGGUGCCAGCGCGGAGGUCCAUCCCCAACGUGACCCGCAGCACUGGGGUCCAGACGUCUCCAGACCUGAAGAAACAUUAUCAGACUUUUCCCUUUGAGAGGAAGAAGGGCCACACUUUUAAACAUGUGGCUGCCGUGGAAACGUACAGAGGAGGGAAUAAUGGCGUGAUGGUGGACGGAAAGCACUCUCAGACCGAUCUUGAUGAAGAUGAGGAGGAGGGGGGGGCAUGUGGGGGGGUGCGCAGGACCAGGGCUCUGCUCCAUAACGAGUGUGUGACUACAGUGGAGCAGCACAUGGCUCCAGAUGGACUGUGUUCAGAGCUGCUGCUCAGCUGCUCUGUGGAUGCAGACCGUCUCCCAGACGCUCAGGACUAUCAGCUCUGCAACGUCCCCAAACCCAGGACUGGAUUACAACAGGCCGAGCAGAGGCUGCACCUGGAGGAGGGCUCGUCCCACACCCUGCCGGACAGGGCCUCCAGGGUGAGCGGCCCCAUCACCUGGAACUCUUUGACGGAGGUGGAAUGUUUGGACAGUCCGUCAGUGAGGAGCAAGAGGAAGAAAGCCUUACAGCUCAACGGGCUGCAGCCGGAGACUCUGCCUCGAGCAGGAGGCUGUACCACGCAGGCACAGUGCCACUCGGGACGCCUCUCUGCUCCCCCUCUGUCCUCCCCUCCUCCCGACUCCACACAAAACGCCUGUAAGCAAAUAGUGCCUCUGAACCAGGACGGGGAAGUAAAAGCACAGCUCCAGGCCAUGGAGAACCUCAUUAGCUCGAGCCAGGAGACCAUAAAGGUUCUGCUGGGGGUGAUACAAGAGCUGGAGAAGGGGGAGGCCCACCGCGAGGGGUAA